AUUUCGUUUUUCAUUUGAAUACAAAAUACUGCUUACGCAAAGCUUGAACAUGAAAGCAGUAGAUCAAGCUCCCAAAAAGAAAUCUCACGAGAGGAAACGUAAGGAAAAGAGAGUUCAUACUGGAAAUGGCACGGCCAAAAAGCAUCACAAACGAAAAUCGAGAAGCAAAUCAAAGAAUAAACCGAAAAACGGAUUAUCGUGUUGUCGGAAGAAGAAGAAGAAAUCGAAGAAAAGCAAAUCUAAAGUGACAAAGAAGCAACCGAAGAAAAAAGUUAUAAAACCAUUGGCACCGGUUCCAAAUGAGCAGCUUGGAGAAGUCGUUCUCGUUAAAAAUGUCAAACUUCCGGAAACACCACAAAAGCCAGAAAAUGAUACCCCGGUAAAAGAUGGCUUGAAACCACCGAGAACAACAAAUUCUGUUGAAAAGAUUAAUCUCUCUAAAGAAUCGUUUAACCUUUCCAACGAAAAAAUCGCAAGUGAUAAUGGAACAGAAGAAAAAAUGGAAAAAAAGAACGUAGAUUCUCCAGCAGACAUUCAAGAUGGUUUAAAAGGGAAAAGUAAACAGAAAUCGGAAGAAAAGGUUCAUCAGAAGGCUAAGGACGAUGCGAAAAGAGGUGACGAAUGCAACAAAUUCAAAAUAUCGGACGAAAAGUUGACUAAAUGGAAAUUGGUAGCACAGGAAACUUUGAAGGAUGAUGCAAACAUUGCUGUUAACGAAUUCGAGAAAGUAUCCGGGUACUUACCACCACAUAUAAGCAAAAAUCAUUUUGUUUCUAACAUGGAUAAAAAUCGAUUUGUUGACGUCAUUUGCAUGGAUCAUUCACGUGUUAAGCUCACUGAUUCUUCAUAUAUUCAUGCUAAUUGGGUUGAUUUGAAUAGUUCAAAAAAGGCAAUAUUGACACAAUUACCGCUUUCUCAUACUGCUUCUGAUUUUUGGCAAAUGAUUAUCGAUCAGAAAAUCAAAUGUGUUUUGUUGAUUAUGACCGACGGAGAAUUUAAUAAAUUUGGUGGAAAUUCGGUUUUUCCACAAAAUCAAGAUUUUCUGAAAUUCGAAGACCGAUUCAUUCGAGUUGGAGAAUUCAAACAGGUUGAGCUUGGAAAAGGAUGGAAUCUGAAAGUGUUGAGUGUUUCAAAUGGAACCUACAAGACAUUCAUUCAUGUCCAUCACUACAAAAACUGGCCUCAUGGAUCAAUCCCGUCGGAUGUAAAACAGAUUUGGCAGGUACAAUCGUAUCUUCGAAAGUACACAGACGGUCAUCCACCUGUUUAUAUGAGCAUGUCUGGGUGUGGAAGAGCUGGAACAUUUGCACUUUUUGAGACAGCACACAUGUCAUUGCACAAUGAGCAACCAUCGUUAAAUAUGGUCAAAUGUUUGGAAAAUGUUCGCAAUGGGAGACUUCACUCUGUUCAGAAUUUGAGUCAAUUUUCGGUAGUCUACACUUUGAUUGCAGAGCAUGUUCUUGGAAAUGGAAUUGGCAAAAAGGAUGUUGAAGAACAAGAGAACAGCAUAGACAACAUUUUGAGACAACUGACAAUUCAAUGAAUGACAUUUUAGAUGGAAGAUGAUUUCAACUAAUUUGUAAUGAAUAUGAUUGGUUGAAUAUGUGCAAGUAAACAAUUAUUUCAAUUC